GAGAGCAGUGUGGUGACACGAAUGCUUGUGAGGAGCUGUCAAGAAUUAUCGUAUUUCUUGACAAGACGCCGUCGCGUGCGGUGGUCUAGUAGUAAAUAACAUAAAUAUCAACAAAGUAUACGCAUUUAGAUUUAUAGACAAUCCGGAAACAAUAACAAAUAGUUGUUUAAUCAUUAUUAGUUUUAUGACGUAUGAAUUUCGAUAAUUGUGUGCAAUAGUGUUUUAGUGCAACAAAAUGGAUGACCCUAAUAGAAUGAUGGCACACGGCGGCGGUCUUAUGGCACCGCAGGGUUAUGGUCUCUCACCGAACGACGGAACCCCCACGGGGGAUGGGGAAGCGAGGAAACAAGAUAUUGGUGAAAUUUUACAACAAAUCAUGAACAUUACGGAUCAAAGUUUGGACGAAGCACAGGCCAGAAAACACACGCUGAACUGUCAUCGUAUGAAACCUGCUCUGUUUUCGGUGCUGUGCGAGAUCAAAGAGAAAACCGUACUGUCCCUACGAAAUACGCAAGAGGAAGAGCCUCCGGAUCCACAACUCAUGCGCCUGGACAACAUGCUGAUUGCCGAAGGCGUUGCCGGUCCCGAAAAAGGAGGCGGUGCCAACGCGGCGGCUGCAGCAAGCGCCAGUGCUGCGAGUCAAGGAUUUUCAGAUUACCUCGGCGGUCCAGGACAACCAGACAACGCUAUUGAACAUUCAGACUAUCGAGCCAAACUAGCACAGAUCCGACAGAUAUACCACCAGGAAUUAGAGAAAUAUGAACAGGCAUGCAAUGAAUUCACAACGCACGUUAUGAACUUACUACGAGAACAGAGCCGCACCAGACCCAUCACACCUAAAGAAAUCGAAAGAAUGGUACAGAUCAUACAUAAAAAGUUCAGUUCUAUACAGAUGCAGCUCAAACAAUCAACAUGUGAAGCAGUUAUGAUAUUAAGAUCUAGGUUUUUAGAUGCACGGCGUAAAAGGCGUAAUUUUAGUAAACAAGCAAGUGAAAUUUUAAAUGAAUAUUUCUACUCCCAUUUGAGCAAUCCAUACCCAUCAGAAGAAGCGAAAGAAGAGCUGGCUCGAAAAUGUGGUAUCACAGUUUCACAAGUUUCCAACUGGUUUGGAAAUAAACGUAUUCGGUACAAAAAGAAUAUAGGAAAAGCUCAAGAGGAAGCAAACUUGUAUGCUGCCAAAAAAGCAGCAGGAGCAUCACCUUACUCAAUGGGAGCUGCUAGUGGAACAGCGACACCCAUGAUGUCACCGGCACCUCCUCAAGACUCCAUGGGAUACUCUCUAGGAGGUGGUGGUUACGGUGACGCACCCCAAGGCUAUGGUGAUGGUUCCAUGGGCGGAUAUGAUCCUAUGCAUCAAGAUCUGUCACCAUAACUCGCCAAGAAACCAUUUGCAUCGAGAUAUUCUUCCCAUGAUGAUCUGUAUAAGAAUGAAGUGCUUCCACCACAGUAUAAAAGGCAAUUUUACACCACUGAUGUGAUAGGUCCUGAAGAUAUAAGAAACUCUGUGAAAAAUUCCAUCAAUGAAGGUUACAAGAAUGAUUUGUUCACCAUGCAGUCAUAUGAUAAUGAAAUGUUAGCUUUGGCGAGUAACGAAGAAAAAUCAAUUCCUCUGAAUUUGAAUAUGGGAUCUAAUAUGUUUAAUAGUACUGCGGAUUUUGGAUUUAGUUCUCACUCUGAAGAUUUAGAUAAGAAACUGAUCUUGUGCCCAAAAAGUGAACAAAUGUGAAAUAAUGCCAAGUGGUGUAGCAACUCAAUACUUACGUCAGAUCACAAUGUAUUUAAGCUUCUGAGUUUUAGUUAACCUAAUGAGUAUAUGUGGUUUUUAACUCUGUUUGUUGCUGUAUUGGAUAAAAAGUAUUUAAUUUUAAAUUUAGUAUAAAACGAUUCUAAACAUGUGAAAAAGUUUCGAUGUUACAAAUUACAGUUGCUUAUACAAAAAUAUCAUUAAAGCAAAAUGUGUGUGAUAAGUGAUUACUAUUUAAUUCGAUUGUGGGUUAUAGCUACUUAAUAAAAACAUUAGUAUAAUUUUAGAUACCAGUACAAUAUAAAGCGUUGAAGAACAGGAGUUAUCGACGAUUGCUGUGCAAAUUUAUGUUGACCAAGUGGCUGAAAAUUAUGUGGCAUCUCAAUUAAUGUAAGGUUCUUUUAUAUAAAUUAGUAAUAGAUAUUAUAUUUUUGUUUAUCAAAUUUAUUUUGAUUAUAAAAUGGUAGCUCCGGUAUCAAACUAACGAUAAGUUUACUGGAUAUACAAUUGUAAAAUAAACUGUUUCUAUUAUUAGAAGCUAAUCAAUGUUAAUUAUCU